AUGGGUAGUGAAGUUGAAAGCGGUCUGGAAGAUAUAUUGAAGACUUUGUUGGAGCAGCUUCAGGCGGCAUGCGGGAUUUUUGAGAGAAUUGUUUAUAAGAACAAGAACCAGCACCGCGGAUGCUCCUAUUUCCAGUACCUCCUAAAGGUGAGAAGGGACUUAAGGCUUGUGGCUUCUUGCUUCAUAACCCAUCCACAUUGUUUUAGGGACCCCUUAUCUUUAAUUGAUGGAUUCCCGCUUUUCGGAUGA